AUGUGCUCAACUCCGGAUUUGGAUCAGAUAUCAACGCCAGUUAUGCCAGCCGCAUUAGACUGUGUGACGCGGAAGCCGCAGCAGGCGGAGGUGUUCUCUGCACCCUCAGGCCUCUCCCAAGCCUCUCUCCUCCACCAGAUCAUCGCCGUCGGCAGCGACCUUGUCUCUACCUAUUCAAACCGCGGCUGGUGGCCGCGGCACCAGCGCCAGAACGCCCGUUCCCUACUUCGGCGGAUUCAAAUCCUUCUCACACUUUUCGAAUUCCUCCUCGAGUCCCGUCAAACGCUCCCGCCCUUAGCAAAUCUGUGCUUAAAGGAAUUUUACGUCAUCGUCCACCGCGCUAGGUUUCUGCUUAAUUACUUCUUUCAAUCAAGCCGUCUUUGGGUGCUCCUCCGCAAUCAGAUGAUCUCCUGCCAGUUUCAUGAACUCGGGCAUGAUAUCUCCACCUUGCUCGACGUUCUUCCCCUGAACGAGCUCGGCCUUACUGCCGACGUAAGGGAACACAUCGAGCUCCUUCAGCAGCAGGUUGGGAGUGCUGUGUUACGCUACGAUUCUAGAGACGAAGAGCUCCGGAAUAAAGUCCUCUCCUUUUUAAAUGAAUUCGAGGAACAGCGACAGCCGGAUACGGCUGACUUAAAAACCACAUUUUUAGACCGGGUUGGGAUUCAGGACGCCAUGGGUUUCGAGUCUGAGAUCAAAUUCUUAGAGGAUAAAAUCUACAAUAAUCGCGAGUCCUACGCCGAGACGGCGUCGGACUGGGCCACCCUUUCCGGCGUCGUCGCCGUAGCUCGCUAUUCCAAAUUUCUACUUUUUGGUAUACAUGAAACAGUAGAAGGCAAGCAGAAAUACCGGAACAAUCCUGCACCAAAUUCCAUAUCGGUCCCAAGCGAUUUCUGCUGCCCGAUUUCACUCGAGCUAAUGUUGGAUCCUGUGGUAGUCUCCACCGGUCAGACCUACGACCGCAGCUCAAUAGCUCAGUGGAUGGCCAGCGGCCACAAGACUUGCCCCAACUCCGGCCAGAGCCUCGUCAACACCGACCUCAUUCCUAACCGAGCUUUGCGCAGCUUAACUUCCCACUGGUGCGCAGUGAAUAGCGUCCCUUGUCGUUCCGUACAAGGGAGCAGUGGCUGUGCAACCACCCUCGUUGCCGCUAAAGCGACGGUUGAGGCCACCCGCGCUAUUACGCAAAUCCUUAUACAGCAUUUAUCCACCGGAGAUUUGGAUUCGAAGAAGACCGCUGCGGGGGAAAUCCGGUCGCUCGCCAAAAUUGCGAAGGAAAACAGAAUAAUUUUUGCAGAAGAAGGUGCAAUCCCUCAGCUCUCGCUUCUCCUCCAUUCCCAGAACCCAAUUGCUCAGGAAAACGCCGUCACUGCCCUGCUCAAUCUCUCAAUCCACGACACGAACAGGCGGAAGAUUAUAAACCAAGAGGGUUGCUUGACCUCAAUUGUAACUGUUUUACGUCGCGGGCUGACGCCAGAAUCAAGAGAAAACGCGGCGGCAGCGAUCUUCAGCCUCUCUACUUUGCACGAUAGCAAGAAACUUAUCGUGGACGAGGCGGGCGGCGCUGAAGCCCUUGCUUGGAUGCUGAGAAACGGAAGCACGACGGGAAAAAAGCAUGCUGUGAUGGCUCUGUUCAACCUGUCAAUGCACCCGGAGAGUUGGGAGCGGAUGGUGGAUUCAAACGCAGUGGAGGCGCUCGUGGGUGCGCUUCAGGAUGAGAUAGUGGCCGAGGCGGCAGCGGGGGCUUUAGCGCUUCUCGUGCGGCGCUCAAUCGUGGCAGGGUUACUAGGUUGGGAGGAGAAAGCCGUUAUGGGUCUUGCGGGGGUGAUGAGAACGGGGAGUUCAGUGGGGAGGCAAAAUGCAACGGCCGCCUUGCAUGAGAUACGGAGGAGAGGUGGGACGGUAGUGGGGAAGAGGGUGGCGGGUGUGUCGGAAGUGUCGGCGUUGGUGCCAACGGUGCCGCUUGAUGGAACAAAGAGGUCAAGGAUGAAGGCGCGAAAGGUGGUAACGCCGCCCCGACGCCGACGACAAUGGCUGUAG